AUGGAGAGCUCGGAUAUCUCAAGCUCGGAAGAGCAUACACCUAGCGAUACGGCAGCUCUACCUCAUCUUGUCAUCCAGUUGAUCCAGUGCCAACGAUGCUCCCGCCCUUUGCGAAAUCCACUUCGCCUACCAUGCGGUAAUUCAGUCUGCCGGGAAUGUCUACCCGCAUCUCGGCCGCGGACGGGUAUUACUUACCCCGUGGCUGAGGGGAGAGACCAGGAAUUUACAUGCUUUUGGAAGGGAAACAAGGCGUGUGUCGGGGACCAUUGCGUUGGAGACUGUAGCGCUGAUGUGUUGCUUGGAAAGCUGGUUGGUCUCUUUGAAGAAAUACUGGGGUCAGAGGCAACGAACGUACCCCAAAAUUGGUCCGAGGAUGAUGGACCAUCACUACAGUGGAAAACCGAUGGACAGAGUCAGGAUGGAACAUGCGUGGCUGGGGGGAUCUAUAAGCUGGCACUGGAAGGCCGAUUCCCGUCUGAUGCAUGCGAGGUUAUCUAUGGAGGCUCUACAACCCCAGCCGGAAGCAUACAAGAUCAGGAUCUCCUUCACUUCCAAACACUGCGAGACAGCCUCCGCGCUGAGUUAGACUGCCAGGUUUGCUAUUCACUCGUUCUGGAUCCGAUGACCACGCCUUGUGGCCACACCUUCUGCCGAACAUGUGUCGCACGGGUCUUGGACCACACCGAUCUGUGUCCUAUUUGUCGCCGAAAGCUAGGCAUGCCGAAUGACCUACAGUCAGAGCCCAUAAACCAGACUGUGGCGCGGCUGAUCGACUACUUUUUCCCCGAGCAGAUCUCAGUCAGGCGGGAGACCAGCGCCCAGGAUGAGGCAGGCCCGGAUUUCGAGAAGAACUUGCCACUUUUUGUGUGCACACUAGCAUUCCCGACAAUGCCGACUUUCCUCCAUGUCUUCGAGCCCAGGUACCGACUUAUGAUUCGGCGGGUCCUCGCAAAUGGAAAUGGGAAAUUCGGCAUGGUCAUGUACAAUCGACAAGGCCGGCUACAGAUAGGUCAAAUGCGUGAUGCACCGUUUAUGCAAUACGGAACGCUCUUGAUGAUCGAGCGAUAUGAGCUGCUUCCAGAUGGUCGCAGUCUUGUGGUGGCUACGGGCGUGUCGCGGUUCAAGAUCGUCGAGUCAGGAAUGCUGGAUGGCUAUCAUAUUGCCAAAACAGAGCGCGUAGAUGACAUCUCGCUUGCAGAGGAGGAGCGGCUUGAGUCGACGGAGACCUCAGCAAACGGUGUAAAUGCUCUACCAGAAGUGAAUGAAUCUGGUCGUCCGUUAGACUCCAUCCCAACUCAACAGUUACUCCUCUCGGCAAAAGAGUUCAUCAGCAAUCAACGCAGGUCUGGAGCUCCUUGGCUGCACCCACGCGUCAUGCUAGCAUAUGGGCCGGUUCCUACUGAUGCAGCUCGCUUCCCAUGGUGGUUUGCGAGCAUUUUACCCAUCUCCGAAGAAGAGAAAUAUCCAAUACUUGCCGCUACAAGUGUUCGAGAGAGACUUAAAGUCUCGGCAAAAUGGGCAAGACAACUCGAGGCUCGAGACUGGUAG